AUGGGAGGCGGUGGAGUGUGUCCAAUGGCGCGGCCGAGGAGGCGGUGAAUGGUGACAGAAGAGAGGCGGGCAGCAGCAGCAGCAGCCAGCUGUUGGAAAGCAGCGCUCCUGAACCAUCCGCUGCUGCUGCUGCUGCAUCAGGUGAAUAUCUGCACAUCAGCACACGGGGCCAGAGACAAACACUCCUCCUGCUCUUUUACACGUCUGCGCUUUCCAGCUCUCCCCGUUUGCUGGCCUGGAUCAAGUGUCUGAAACUCAGAAGUAAACAAGGAGAUCGAGGAACAGGUGUCAGUGUAUAAGCAGAAAACAUGGGAAGAAAGAAAAUACAAAUUUCUCGUAUUCUUGACCAGAGGAACAGACAGGUGACUUUCACCAAGCGUAAGUUUGGUCUGAUGAAGAAGGCGUACGAGCUGAGCGUGCUCUGUGACUGUGAGAUCGCCCUCAUCAUCUUCAACAGCACCAACCGUCUGUUCCAGUACGCCAGCACCGACGUGGAUAAAGUUCUGCUGAAAUACACGGAGUACAGCGAGCCGCACGAGAGUCGUACCAACACGGACAUACUGGAGACCCUGCGGAGGAAAGGCCUCGGUCUCGACGGCUCAGAGCUCGACAGCGAGGAGAGCAUGCAGGUGGCAGCAGACAAAUAUCCUCUGAGCGAGGGAAUGGAUCUGUCUGUGGCUCGCCAACGCUUCUACGGUCCGUCUCUGCUCUCACCAGAGGCACAGUUUCUGGUGUCUGCAGGUUGUGAGAACGGUUUCCCCAACUCCUCCGGAUCCAGCAUGGCCUCCCACAGACCUCCAGGCUUCAAACCUCUGAGCUCCAGACCCGGAUCUGCCAGUCCUGCUGCACCACACACCACAUUCAUGACCCCACACUCAGGCAUCGGCUACUCUGUGUUCUCGCAUGGAAACCUGAAUCGAGCUCUCGACAUGAAGAGUCCUCCUCCUCUGAACCUGGGCAGUGAGAACCUGCGAGCAGAGGCAGCUAAUCAGGCCAUGGGCGCUGCACGUGCUAACCACAACUCUGCUAGGGGUCUCCUGUAUCAGGGCCUCCACAGCGGCAGCUCCAUGGUGGCGAUGGGGAAGGCAGGGCUGCUGAGUCACAGUUUGGGAGGAUACAGUCUCCCUCCUCCUGGAUCCCCUGAGUACGGCCAGCCUGGUUUUUAUCACUCUGUUAGUUUACAGCGAGGAACAGUGAACCCCUGGCAACCAGUACAGCCGCCUCAGGAGCCUCACGGGCCCCACGGGCCUCAUAUAAGUCCAGGGAUGUCCAGUGGGGGGUGCUCCUUCCCCUCUCAGUCCUGCUCCUCCACCUCUCCACAUCUGCCCUCCCUCAACCUCAGCAUCAAAUCGGAGCGCAGCUCUCCUGAGCACAUGUCCUCACCUACCUCCCCUCCUCUGCACCACCUCAGGCAGCAUUCUCCAAUGAGCAACCCCGAUUCUGCUCGACAUACCCCUCCAGAAAGCGGCCCGGCCAAUGGCGCCAAGGAGUUUCCCAAAGCCAGCUACCUGCAAGACGAGGAGGAUGGAGGGCAGUCGCUCAGGCAGUUAGAGAUGAGUGACGGCUGGCAGAGAUAGCCGGUUGCUGUAGUUUACAACAGCGUCUCCCAUCCAACAGCUGUCUGUCAGCAGAACCAGAUGGGGAGGAUGUGUCCCCAUCAUCCCAGAGAGCAACGCCUCUCUUUGUCUCCUCACACAGAGCUGGUCUCUCCUGGGCAGCAGGAAAUUCUUCUCUGCAUCACUUGCUUGAUCCCACGAGGAGAUAGAUGCAUACAGACUUACGCUUUUUGUUUGGUUAGGUUUAGUUUUCUGUGUGGAGCUAAUGUAAAUCAAAAAAAUGCAACUGAAAAUGUGUUUGUUUUUGUUUCUGUGACUUUGUUCUAGAUAGCUGCAGCAGCACAGCGGGACCAACUGAGUUUCUCCAGAAGUGCAAAUAUCUGCAUUUGGCUUUGAAAGCAACAGAAGUUCUGAGUAGUUCAGUGCUUGACUGUGGUUCGAUGGGAAAUUUGGAAAAUGUCAAAUUAUGCAACAUUGAAGUCUUUGUAUGAAUGUUAUAGACAGACACAUAAAACUAGACAGAUUUCACAGAAGGUUUAAGAGGAGUUUGGAAACAGUAAAAUGUUCCAGUGCACUUUUCAUUUUUUCAAGUCUGUCUGGAAACACUGCUGAUUUAUUUUUGGUUACCUGCUGCCCGUAAUGGCUGUGAAAAAGUCCCUUCGUAAUGAAUUUUUAAUGAGAGUGAUGGCGUAGAGGUGCACUCUGAAACCCAACAAACAGGAGGUUUGAGCAGCCUGAAAUACUAUUUGUGUUUAUUCAGAUAGUGUUUCACGGCUGUGCUUUGUUCUGGUGAAAGUGGAGUUUAUUUGCAGAGCACAGUCUCAUACUAAAGCAAACGUUGUAGAGUAACAAAGAGAGGGAGCGUUGAUCUAAAGAUACCAACAAUUUGCAAGAUGUGCUCUUGAUUUGUCUAACUAACUUCAUGCAUUUAUAUACAGAGCAACUCUUUCACUGCAGGGUUACUUUAGGAUCAACAGAAGGAACUGUUUACAGCAGCAACAUAUUGUUUAAGACAAACUUGAAAAAAUUUACUUCUGGAUGCUGUUUUUUUUAAGGAGUUGUAAAAAAUGAUUUCUUACCAGGUUUGUUCUUUAAGCUUUAGCUGUGUUCUUCCUCCAAAUGACUCAUUAUAUUUCAUUGUCAGAUUAAAAACUGAUGUCAGCCUGCUUCAACUUAAGACCAAAGUUUUUAAAUAUUGUCCCUCUGCGUUGCACUCAAACACUGAAACGGCCAAAGGUUUGUGUCCAAAUCUGAAUUCAGUGAUAUAAAAAAUGCAAACUUUUUUCCAAAGGGCUUCAUUUAGUAAGUGCAUAUUGUAGAUAUUAUUGAGCUAGUGAUAUUUAAAAAUAAGUGGGACAUUGUGUAUUUAAACAGUAAUAUUCAUAGGAUGUUUCAUUAAAAACACAUUUUCAUUUGGUUUUCAUUAUAUCUGUACUUUUUAAUUGUGUGCGUUGGAUGUUUUUAGUAUCGCAUUUUUAAAUUCUGUCCUGAAAAUGGCAAAAUGCACAAUAAUUCAGGUUAUUUCCACUUAUUGUCCACAAGGGGUCAUCUUAGUUCACACCAUCACACUGAUAGGAGAAAAGUGCAGCUUUAACUGCUGGUUAUUAAUUAUCUGAUGAAUCUCUAUGACAGGACACAGGUUUGGUGAUGCAAAUACAUCAUGAUAAACGCUGCAGAGAUUCACUGAUUCAGCUGAUGGAGGUCUUCAAAUCUGCUGUGGAAUUAGCUCUAUUUUCUUUUGUUAAAUGCAGUUAAUUACUAUCAGCGUGAAAAACCAAGUUAUCAGUAUUCUGAUGUUUUGGAUUGAUUUGUUUUUUUCUAUGUUUGCUGAAUGCUUCACUAACAGAACAAAGACGGAUUUUUAUUUGACAUUUGUUGUGAUUCCUUUUAAAUAAAACCGGUUUAAUUUGUA